AUGGCCGAACCUGUAGGACUCGCUGCCGGGAUCAUCACGAUCGCAUCCAAAGUGCCUGGCUUACUAGGCGCAUCGGAGUUUCUCAAGACCCUCCCAACAUUGAAGCUUGAAGUUGAAAUCUACACGCAACUGUUGCAAGAAAUCGGCAAAAUAGCUCUUUCAGAAAUCAGUGUUCUACCAACGAGCGCGGCACUAUCUCUCCAGCUUUGCCAGCAGCAGCUCGCAAAAUUGGCAAAGGAAAUCGAUAAAGUGCCGACUUCACCUAAAGAUCGCCUCAAAACAGUGAACUGGUAUAAUUACAACAAGGGGAAGCUCGACAGUGGCAUAAAGGACUAUAGGCGCUCAGUGAAAAUUCUCCGGGAUAUAGUUAUGGAUACCAUAACUCAGGAGCGUAUCACAGAAAACGCAAGUUCACCGAUGAGUACAGCCAGGGAUGUUCACAUUUCGAUCAAUCUUACCAAAGACGAAGCGAUGGGAGAGUCCCAGAUUCAAACGCUGAUGCAAAAACUAGAGACUACUUUGAGUAACGGUAGUCUCAGUAUCCGCGAUGUCCACGUCACGAACAGCUUCACGGAAAGGUCACAGAGUGAGGGUGACCAGCCGCAUUCUCCAGAAGUCUUACGUGAGGUAAAACGAGCUGCCAUGGGUGUAGUAGCACGGACAAGAGUAGCUCAAGGCAGUCCCGACGCUUUCAGUUUCCAGGCAACCAUCAUGACAUCCGGUCAGCCAAGGUCAGAGGUGUGUGUGAAACUCGAUACUGGGAGCAGAGAAAACUGGAUAUCAGGCAGGGUGGUAGAUCGCGCCGGGCUGCGGGAUCGAAUCGUGCCGAUAGGGGAAGCCUUCUAUGUUGCGGCCAAUAACAGCUUGUUCAAUGCAGUAGGCACUGUAUCUGUAGAAUGGACGCGGGAUUCAAUCAAGUCAUGGCAGACGAAGUUCUUGGUCCUGGAGGACGCAAGUUAUGACUUGCUUUUGGGUUCCAUAUUCAUCAUCGAUGAAGGAUUGUUCAUCUUUAAUGAUGCCGAACCCGUACUCGUAAACACACGGCUUGCGCCAUUGUCCAAAGAGGACCAUCACGAGAUGAUGCGAAAGAUAAUAGAAAGAGGUGCUAAGAAUGAAGAGACUGAAAAGACCAGAGAAGCAAUAAGAAAGGCGGAACGCAACCGACGGCGUGAGGAGAAGGCCUCGAAAGCGGCCUCCAGAGUCACCAGCGUGGUUCCAACCCACCAGCCUAGUCUGGCGAAUACGCCUGGCUCAACGACACCCACCAAUUCAUCAACAUUCCGCCCAACACCAUCAAUACAAUCGCAGGCGGGCAGUAUAGAUGCCCGCGUUGAGCAAGGAAGCGCGUUGAAGAUUAUGAACGGAAGUCAGGGUCCAGCACCUGAAGCUAGCUAG